CCUCGACCUGGGCCUGGAGGCCGCCCCGACUCCGUUGCCACCGCGGCUCUGGGCUCAGGCCCCCGGCUCCAGCACAGGGUCGUGCCCGCCCUCCAGUUUCCAGUGCCGCGCCAGUGGCUACUGCGUGCCCCUCACCUGGCGCUGCGACGGCGACCCUGACUGCUCGGAUGGCAGUGAUGAGGAGGAGUGCAGGAUCGAGCCCUGCACCCAGAACGGGCAGUGCCCCCCACCUCCGGGGCUCCCCUGCUCCUGUGACAACAUCAGCGACUGCCCCGGUGGCGGCCAUCAGGGCCUGCACAACUGUAGCCGCCAGCCCUGCCCGGCGGGCGAGAUUCGAUGCUCGCUGGGGGACGCCUGCAUCCCUCACACGUGGCGCUGCGACGGCCACCGCGACUGUCCCGACUCCAGUGACGAACUCGGCUGCGAAAUCAAUGAGACUCUCCAGGACCGGAAUGCCACAACCGCGGGCACCCCCGUGACCCCGACGACUGUCACCCCUCUCAGGAAUGCCACAGCCGCCUCUGUUGGGUACCAGGCUGCAAACCCAAGUGCCUAUGGGCUCGCCGCAGCUGCUGUGGUGCUGAGCGCCGGCCUGGCCACCGCCGCCCUCGUCAUGUUGUCCCGACUCCGAGCCCAGGGGCACGUGCCCCCGCCGGGGCUGCUGGCGGCCGUGAAGGAGUCCCUGCUGCUGUCCAGACGGAAGACCUCCCUGCUCUAGUGUGGACUCUCGCCACCUGUCACUCUGGCCCUGAGCGCAGCCAGGCCGCAGAUGGAGCACCGAGGCAGCCACUUCUGGCCAUGUAGAACCCCGGUCCCGAGCUCCUGCAGGCGUGGCUGUGGAUGUCGGCGUCCCGGGACACUCGCCGUGGGCCCGGGGAGCUUGGAUUGUAGACCACGUGCCGCAGGCAGAACCGAGGGGCUGGCCCCAGGCCGCUCCUGGCUGGGGGGACAGCUCUGUGCCUGGACACUCCUGGCUGAGGGCAGUGAUUAAAGGUGGUUCUCGCCCUC